UCAGAAGUCAGACUUGAGUAAAAGAAAGAUUUUAAUGGGAGAAAUCGAGAAAUUUUAGUGAAGUAGAACGAUUCUUUGGAAGUCACAUGGCGAGAUUACUUUCUCCUCUUAGACUGACUGGUAUUGUUACCCAAGGCUUUGGUCGUGGUGGCAAAGAGUUGGGUUGUCCUACUGCCAACAUGGACCAAAAAGCUGUGGAUACAGCAAAAAAUCUUUCUACUGUCCCUAACGUCUACCAUGGACGGAAAUCUGGAGUAGAAUACACGCUUAUUGAACAUAAUCCACAGAAAAGGGGUGUGGUUUACAUACCUGGGUUCACUACUGGGCAAGAUUCAGAUGAAAGCAUCAUUUUGAAAAAGUACUUCCAGAAUCUUGAAGACAGUAACUUUCUUUGUUAUGACCCUCGUGGGAUGGGAAUGUCUGACUUAAAAUUUUCGGAUUGUAACUUCUCAACAUGGAUAGAAGACGCAUGUAGGAUGAUUGAUAUGAUGAAUGAAAUAACCAACACACCACCACUGGUGUUGAGUAAAUCUUUGGGUGGUCACAUGGCCACAUGUAUUGCUCAGAGGCAAUCGUGUAAAAUUCAUUCCAUGGUGUUGAUUUGUCCUGGCAUUAACUAUGGACCUGUUUUUCACGAGUUUGUCAAAUCUUUCAUCUCCAAGAAAAAGCUGAGACAGCUAGAAAAUGGAGAAGUUAUUACAAUAGAUCUUGGGGGCCAUGAAGGGUGGAAACCAUUUCCUUAUAGUCUGCAACUUUAUGAAGAUAGUGUUGCCAACAGUAUUGAUACAUCGAUGGGCCCAAUUGAAGGGAAGUUUCCCGUCAGAGUUAUUCAAGGGAUUGAUGAUAAAACAGUUCCGUUUAGUUAUUCUCUAUCUCUUGAAAUCGAUCAAAUGUACAAAAGUGAUGACUUGCAACUCACUUAUAUCAAAAAUUGUGACCAUCAAGUCAUAGACAAUAAAGAUGGGUUUGAUAUCAUCAAGGACACAAUAGAAACACUUCUUGAAAGUUAAUAGUUUUUGUCAGCUAUAAUAUGUUCAAUGUUCAUUAAUUGAGGGAAAAUGUUUUAAUCAAAUCCUUUUACAGUAAUAAUAUGUGCUUUUUGCAUAUAAAUUGUGUUUAAUAGUUCAAGAUAAUAAUAUCGUGGUAUCCAUCCCACGAUAUUACUAUCUUGAAUUAUUUGUCGUCCUCUCUGGUCUUGAUAUUUUUUUGUUCAACAUACUUCACCUUAUCUAAUCUUAUGUAUUUUUGAGGUUAGUGUUUACAGUAGAUCUAGUACAUCAAAUUGAAGUAAAUUUAACUUAUCUGCCUUCAGCAUUGUUUUGAUAUUGAUUUCUUCAGUGUUAUGAAUCGAAAAUUUGUGUAAUUAUUUGGUAAUCAUAUUCAUGAUAUUGUAAGUAUACAUUACAGCACGGCUCCGGUGUGUCUAUACACGUGGUAUCCGAGUGACGUAGUCACGAGGUACUGUACGUGGUAUGACCCGUGAUAGUUCUUAGCCAUUUAGAGGACUGAUACACCCUGGUGUAUCAGUAUUUUUUUUUGAAAACUUCCUUGCACUUUUUACUUCCUUCCACGCUUCAACCUGGACCUCGCCUGUCAUUGAUACUUAUGAAAAUACAGUACGUUUAUAACGGAGGUCACAUGAAGAACACCAAGCAUCCAUUGAUAUGUUAAGAAAUCGCCACGUGAUACCAAGAUGUCCUGCACGCUACCUGUCAGAUGGAAGGCCUCUCAUUGGACAAUGAAAACUUUUGAAGGUGUGAAAAAUCAGUUUUUCGGUAUUUUCGACCUCUUAAUUAACUCCAAAUUUCAAAUUUUUGGUCGCAAACGGUAAGUAUCACCGUGAUCUUGAGCCGUGCUGUAAGUAAAUUAUAAAACUGCUGACAAAACUCGUGCCUUCGGCACUCGUUAGGUCAGCAGUUCUAUAACUAACCGUAUACUAUUACCAUUUUUUCUUCACCCGUCAAUCUGAUGGUAUCACUUUUUAAACCUUAUUUUUUGUUUUAAACUUUUGGCUCCGAUGAGGAGAGAAAGUUUUUGAGGAGAAUUGCUCAGACAUGGGCACUGUGUAAAUUAUUUAGGUAUAUCUUAUACAUUAUGCAUUAUACAAUAUCUUUCCGUUACAAGUUCUA